AUGGCAGACUCCAGCACAGAGCCUAUCCUUCAUAGGACUCCGCCAGAGCUAUUAUCUUAUAUCGCAUCAUUCGCCGACAAUGAAGGUCUCAAUGCCAUCACCAGAGUCUCCAAGUUCUGUCGGGAGGCCUGUUCCCGUGUGGUGUUUAAGACGGUCCGCUUUCGGGAUACGCAUAAGCGUCUUUCGCGCGCCUUGGGUAUGUUUAUCGAUGGAAGGACAGACCAAAACAUGGCUCAAGUGCGGGAGCAUAUUCGCCACGCUACGAUUACGAUUAUUCAGAACUUCAGUGGAGAUUAUGUCGUCCCAGGUACUGGGACUGAACAUACUUCAGACUGGAGUAAUGACUGGGAUGUUCAGUCUCCAGCGGACGAUACACUGCCGCUACGCAUCCUUCAAUCAACCCAGUUGAUGGCGAACCUACGGAUUCUUGCUCUUGACCUUAGACAUUUGUCUCCAGCCCAGGUGGAUCCCAUGGUACUUGCCAUGUCACAGAGCAGCAAAUGGGAAACGGUUACGCAUCUGAAAUAUUUCGCCAGUGAUGAUCUCACAUUGGCUGCAAUUUCCCAUUGUGUUAGAGGCACUCUGCAGGCAUUGAGUAUUGAUGUGGAUAUUGAUUCACUGGCAUACAAGAGAGCUGUCAGGGAACACCGAGAACGAAGCCUCCCAGCUGAACCGUGCCGUCCGAUCACUACGAUACUCGCACGCGUUUCUUUUGACAGGAACCCCUGUAUUCAAUACAUGGGCGGAUUUGGCUGGACAGGCAAUGGUGCUACCUGGAGGGGGGCCCUUUGUUAACCUGGAACACUGUCGCCAACUGUUCUGCGGGACUGAUGGCGAGGGCGAGGGCGAGGAGGCGUUGUGGUGUACCAGCCGCGAGGUGCCCGGGACCGUAUGUUUCCAGUGCUUUUCUCGGCAAUAAUGAUCGGUCGUCCGAAGUCACUGCUCAACCUACCCG